AUGACCUGCCGCGUUGACACAGACUUGUCGGAGGACUUUUACAAGUUACUUGGCGUUGAUCGUGGAGCAAGCAAGGCAGACAUCAAGAAAGCCUACUUCAAGCUGGCGAAAAAGUAUCAUCCCGAUGCCAAUCCCGGGGACGAUGCCGCUGCCAAACGGUUUGCCGAGAUCAGCAAUGCCUACGAAGUUCUCUCCGAUGAAGAGAAGCGCAUGCGCUACGAUCAAAUGGGCCACGACAGCUAUAACAACUUCUCAUCUGGCUAUGGUGGAGGUGGCGGUGGCUUUGGCGGUGCGGGUGGCUUUCGCGAUGCGCACGACGUUUUUGAUGAGCUGUUCCGAAGCUUUGGCGGCAUGAAUCAACAGCGUCAGCGAGUGGCCACGCCCUGGGAACGCCGUCAGGCUGAGCGCGAGCCCAUGAUCAUGGGCGUUCGCCUUGACUUUUUGGACUCUGUGCGCGGACACACGGUUCAGGUUCCAAUCACGACGGAAACGCGCUGCAACGGCUGCAAUGGAACUGGUGCGGAGAACGGUGAAAUGCAGACGUGUAGUCGGUGCCACGGUUCGGGUACCAUCGAUGCUUCAUUGGGCUUUAUGCAAGUGCGCACAGCGUGCGACAAGUGUGGGGGUACUGGUACUACGGCCCGGCAUCAGUGCGGUACUUGCAAUGGCUUGGGUGCCUCCAAGACCCAGAGCAACGUGGAGGUCGAGAUUCCAGCUGGUGUUGAGGACGGCACCGUGGUCUGGAUCGAUGACUUUCAUGGUCUUCGUGUGCGUGUCCAGCCGUCGCGUGUUUUUGAGCGCCAUGGCCUCGACGUCACUUCGCGCGCGACCAUCAGCCUGGCUCAAGCCGUCCUCGGCGGUAGCCUCCGCGUGCAAGGUUUGGACGGCUCGGUGACCCUUGACAUCCGGCCCGGCCAACAGCCACAAGACCGCCUCCGCCUGCACGGCAAAGGCAUGCCAUCUGUGGCCAACCCACGACGUCGUGGUGAUCACUACGUGAUUGUGGAUAUCGAGGUGCCCCGCAAUCUGUCGACGCGCCAGCGCCAGCUCAUGGAGGAGUUUGCAAUCCAUGAGCGCGAUCGUCAGGGGGAAGUCAACAUGUCCAGUCCACCCCCAUCUGCCACGGAGGCCGAGCCGAGCGAGGAUGAGCCAGCGCACGGCGAACCCGGAAAGGACGACGAGAAAGAAGGUGGGUUUUUCUCAAAGCUGAAAAAGACGUUUUGUCAUGAGGAUGAUGCUGAUGAGAAACGUCGUCACGCUGGCAAAGAAGGCACCAGCGAUGGCCGCAAAGCGGACGACGGUGCCAGGCGUCAAAUCAUGAUUCAACAGCUGGAAAAGAAGAAGGCGCAGCUCGAGGCUGAUGAGGGCGAUGCUGCUCAGGCACAGAUCAAGGGCAUUACCGAGCGCCUCAGCGAGCUCAAAGCGCAGCAGUCUGAGUUUGAGCAAAAAGAGGCCGAGCUUGAGCGCUACCAGCGUGAGCACCCCCGGUGGGACGUUGACAACAUUAGCAAGGAUCGCUCCAACCGCACCAUCAUCAAUGCCUACUCCAAGUCGGCGGACGAGGCCCCCAAGGACCCCGAAGCCGAAGUGGAUGACAUGCAAGCUUUCUUCAAGAACAAUCGCUCCAAAGCCAUUGCGUAUGCCCAUCUUAAGGAUAUGAAGGCCUCGCAAAAGUAUCUGGCUGAGAAUCCCGAGUUGCUGCAGGAUCACCUGGCCAGCUUUCUCGUCAUUUACUGUGUCGAUUGCCAAGUCGAUGAGGACGAUGAGUUGGUGCGCAACGUUGCUCGACAGACCGUCACUAUUCAGUAUAUUCUGGAGCUGGCCAAGAGCCUGAAGCGCGAUCCUCGCGAGUGCUUCAAUGCUUUCUUUGCUCGCUUUGCCACGGCCAAUCCCGAGUACAAGGAUGUCUUUGAAGACGAAAUUAGCUCUCUCAUUGAGCGUGUCAAAGAUCGCGCCCAAGCACGUCUUGAAGAAGCCAAGGCCAAGAUGGCCGAAGAGGAGCGCGCGGCGCGCGUGGGCCCCGGUGGUCUUGAUCCGAUCGAGGUGCUAGAGUCGUUGCCCGCAGAUAUCCGCGAGGCCUUUGAAAAGCAGGACACGCCAGCACUACAGGCAGGCUUUGCCAAGCUAUCGCCAGAGGACGCGCAGUACCACUUCAAGCGCGUCGUCGACUCGGGCCUGUGGGUGCCGGGCGGCAAUACCGAGUCUGAGGACGCCGAUGGUGAAAGUACGCUCUUAGGGGGAGCUCCUAAGGAGACUUUCAAGGCGGUCACCGCGGCACCUACGAGUGCUACCGGCGUGGCUGGAAAGAAUGAUCAGGAGAAGGCCGACGCGAAUGGUUGGGCACAGGACGCAGAUGCUGCCUCUGACCAGGCUGAUGGCUGGCUCAACUAUGUCAUGGGCUCUAGCAGCUAUUGCACAUUGCUCUAA